CUUACAAAGACCGCUGAACCAGACAGAUGGAUUUCCUCAAUAUGGGGAGUGUUGGGCGGGGAUGGCUGGUGUGACCAACACUUCACAUAUUCUUGUGCUGGUAGACAGUGACACUUGAAACACUGAAUCCAAAAACGGACUUUAACUCAGGUGCAGCGAUGAGAAAGCGAGGCCUGGAGACAUUUGCUGUACUUGUGACAGGUGUUAUAUGCUUGGUAUUAAUCCUUCAGAAAAACGACCAUGAAGAAAAUGAGACAUUAACCAGAGACGAAUCAUUUAAAACAUUACGCAGUCAACUCGAUGUGCCCAAGCCUUCAACCCUCCAGCCUUUGUAUUCCAACUGUGAGCGAAAUGAGUCUGCUUCUAAAGUGGAUGGAUUUUUUACCCUGCCAAACAAUAUCCAGGACUUCCUGUAUUACCGUCACUGCAGGAGUUUUCCCAUGCUUCUCGAUGUUCCUGACAAAUGCGGGGGCCCUCAAAACUCGGCAGAUGUCUUCCUUCUACUGGUCAUUAAAAGCUCCCCUGUAAAUUACAAUCGUCGAGAGGUUCUGCGCAAAACGUGGGCCGAAGAACGGGUGUACCUUGGCGUGAACAUCCGUAAAAUCUUCAUAGUCGGAACAUCCCAAACUGGCUUUCAGAAGAAAAAGUUAAAUAAACUUCUGAAGAUUGAGAACGAAGAGCACAAAGAUAUUCUACAGUGGGACUUCAAUGAUUCGUUCUUUAACCUGACGCUUAAGCAGAUCCUAUUCUUGGAGUGGAUGGAUCGACGGUGUCCGCACGCCAGAUUCCUCUUAAACGGUGAUGACGAUAUCUUUGCCAACACGUUUAACAUGAUUGAAUUUCUGCAAGGUCAAAAGGACAAUAAUGGAGACAAGCAUCUCUUUGUAGGACAUCUCAUCCAGAAUGUAGGACCAAUAAGACACCCUGCAAGUAAAUACUACAUCCCAGUGCAAGUGCAGGAGUCCGACAGCUAUCCUCCAUACUGUGGUGGAGGAGGAUUUCUUCUUUCCAGCUUUACAGCCAGAACAAUUUACAACAUGUCUCAUUCUAUCACUCAGCUGCCCAUUGAUGACGUUUACAUGGGAAUGUGUUUGAUAAAGGCUGGCCUCACACCAGUGUCUCACUUCGGCGUAAGGACCGCUGGUCUACACAUGCCUUCUGAGACUAUUGACCAAUAUGACCCUUGCUAUUAUAGAGAAAUCCUUUUAGUACAUCGAUUUGAGGGACACCAGAUUUUUGUGAUGUGGAAUGAAAUACAAAACCCAUAUUUACGUUGUGGAACAAAGUCACUGUUGUCUCUUUAGAUCAGUCCAGAGACCAAAGAAGGUGUGUAUGGUACAUUGCACUUUAUUGCAGUUAACUGUGUGUAUAAUGUGCAGUAUGGCCUUUAUGCUUCCUUUAAAAAGGAAAGAAAACGAAGGCCAGGCAUCCUUCUCAGGAUGAUAACGAUGAUGCAUGCAUUUUUAUAGGGUGAACUAGGUAUUGUGUCAAAGAGUGUUUUUUUCUAUAGACCUGUUACUGCACAAGCCAUGAAUGUUUAACAUCUGAUUGUGUGAGAUUAUUUUAAAUAGAGAGAUUUGUUUAAUGUUGUAGUAAAUACUUUUUCAAAGUUUUUAAUGAAUUAUUUUAAGUUUUUUUUAUUUAAAUACUUUUUGCACGUAGUUUACAAUAACUGUAAAUACAUAUUUUUGUACGUAAAUUAUGAUUUUAAUAGUAAAUUGUAGCAUAUUUUCUAUAUGUGGGAUCCAAAAUUGUGUGGUUUUAAUUCACACUAUGCUAUGUUUCUGUUUUUUUAAUAAUAAUAUUAAAUCUUAAAAAUCAAUCAGUUUUAUUUUCAAAAUAAUAAGUAUGGUUUAUUAAGGCAUAAUCUGCAGUUUAUUUCUUAUAGUAUGGAAAAUUUACAUAUUUUGCCAUUUUGUACAUCAACAAGGAAGAAGGAUUUCUAUGUAUUAGUAAUGAAGAAAGAAUUGGGUUACCUCCUUCAUGUGUAACACAAAACCUGCAAACAUAGAGGAUAAUAAAGACUUCCUAUAAACUUGUUUAA